AUGGCUGUAAACAAACGAGGCGGUUACAAUUACAUAAACGACAAAUGCAACCCACCUCUUCCCGUGGAUAUGGGGACUGCAGUUCUUUUUGCCAAUUCACUACCCGGAAUAAACAAUACGGUGAGUCAACCAUUUGGGUGGAGCGAGUAUGAAUCUGCUUAUCGACCUCGAUACGUGCCUGACCCUUGUCCUGCGAGACGACCUUGCAUUGAUCCCUGCAGACCGAGAGGGACCGCUCGAAAGAAUCCGCCACGACAAUUUGUUAAUGCUGGACGAUAUCCCCGAAGCACCAUCUGCCAACUCUGCAACAAAGCCAAGUGUCGUUGUCCCAUUCCACCUCCGUGGGAAGAGUGCAGAGAAAAAAUCGUGGUUUACGACCCCGACAGCGUCCGUACCUUGCUGGUUCAUGGCGAAGUAAAAAAUGAGCACCCCUUCGUCCUCUCCAACACUGACUAUUACAGAAUCAUGAAUAAUGCCAUUGUAAAAGAUAAGGAACAGAAAGAAGCGGAUGUUGCACAAGCCCUCCGAGAAAAGGAUAUGGCUUUAGAAAGAUGUCGGGAACGUGCCGACGAAAUGCGUUUGAUUGAUCUGCAUCGAUUAAAUGAUUCGAUAAGUCCAGAAGCUCGAGAGGACUCCAACGAAAUUUUAUGCCGAGCUGAAAAAAUCCUAAAAGAGGACGAACCCGAAGUCCGCACCAUAAACAAGGUCAUCCUCGCUGCAAAAGUCCAAGCCAUCCGAGAAGCCCAACUCCAAGAGAAAGAACUCAUAAAAUGCGAACAAGCCGAAGAACAACGGCGCCUCGACGCCUUAAUGAAACAAGAUCAGGAGCACGCCCUCAUCAAGGAUGAUGACAAAGAGAUUGAAAUACUCGAGCAAAAGAAGAAAGAUCUCAUGGCGUCGCUAAAAGCCCAACUUGACGAACAUGAAGCGAUGACCUUUUACUUCAAGGAGAUGAAGGAACGCGAGGGGGAAGAGAUGAAACGACUUUGGGAGCAGUAUGACAUGGAGGAAAUUCAGAGAAAGUCUUUGGAACGCGAAAAGAAGGCCAAGUUGGGGUUGGAACUUCUCGAAAAUCAAAUGCUGGCCGUUGAAAGGAUGCGGAGAGAGAAGGAAAUCGAUAAAGAGUUGGAUCAGAAGAUGGUUGAUUGGCAAAAACACAAAGCCGCUGAAGAAGAACGUCUCGAACAGGAACACAAGCUUCAAAAGAAGAUGAAAGAGUUGGCUGUGAAACAAGUUCUCGAUACGCAAAAACGUACUGCAGACUCUAAAGCGCUGCGCGAUGAGCUGCGUGCCAAGCGUCAUCAAGAACAGCAAGAACGGGAGUGGCGUCGUCGCGAACGGGAAGAUCUGAUCAAGCGUAAAAGCGCCAUGGAAGACCUGAAGGACAACAUCCUCAACCAAAUUAGGACCAAACAGGACUGGAUUGUGGAGCAGGCCGCCUUUGACAAAGCUCUGUAUGAUAAAAUCUUCAACAUUCAGGACGUUCGAAUGGAAGAAGAACGACAAAAGCAGGAGGAACGUAAAAUGAAGAAUGCUCAGUACAAAUUAGACCUUCGUGAACAAAUUCAUCGCUACCAACUGGAGAAGAUCAAAGAGAAGAAAGACUACUACAUUGACGGAAUCAAGUGUCGCAGAGAAUUGGGGGCCAGAGACGUCGAAUUACGGUGUUUCAUGGAUAGAAAGCUGGAAGAACUUCGAGACACCAACAUGCCAGACAAAUAUUUGAAGUACAUUCAAAAAGCGGUGGAAGAAGAGUUGAAACCAGAAUGGCAAAAGAAAAUGUCAAAGUGA